CGUUCACUUGGCAAGAAGGUUAUUGCAGCUAGAAAAGCAAAACUCACUGCUUGUAAAAGAUCUGGAACAUCAGAAGGAACAAGUAACACAGAUUUCACAAGAGCUUGACAGAGCAAAUUCUUUGUUGAAUCAAGUGCAACAGCCAUACAAAUACCUGAUUGAAACAGUGCAACAGAGAGAUUCUCAAAUAAGUCUACAGAAAGAACAUAUUGCACAACUUGAAAAAGAUGUCAGCCUUUUAAAUAAAGAAAAGACAGCUUUGCUGCGUGUCAAGAAUCAAAUGGCUGCAGAUUUGGAGAAACUUCUAAAUCAUCGUGAGGAACUAGCAGUAAUGAAGCAGGUUUUAAUUAGACUACAAGGUAAAAGCUAUGAACAAAAUUUACUUCAGUCUCAUACUGAUGUAAAAAGUAUGACUACAAAAAGCAAAUCAAGCCCUUUGGUAAAACUGCUGCCAGAACAUGAAGAAGAAAAUGUGUUUACACCUAAGCCAACAUUAUUUACGAAUAAGGAGGCACCUAUCUGGUACAGGAAACUGCAACAGAAAACCUCAUCUUAGCACUUUUGCAAAAAUAUUCAAGAUAACUUUUGGGGGAAAUGUUCUUUGAAGAUAU